AUGUCUCACGACCUGACCUCAAUGAUCGACGAGAUCAACCUUGCAUCCACCAACCUCUCCAAGUCGUCCAAGACCGCCGAGUCAGACCCUCUUUCUCAGAUCGUCCGCGUACUCAACGCACAUCUCGGUCAACUGCAGCAGAUUGAUGUUGGUGCCGAACAACUCAGACAAAAGGUGGAAAGUGCACAGAAGGAGGUCCGUGGCUUUGGUGGCAGAGGAGUCUCCGAUGAGGGUGUAGAAGGUUUCAUGAGAAGCUUGAGGAGAUGA